AUGACUCGUGUGUACUAUGGCUUCUCUCGUGUCGCGGCGGCUGCAGAGAACUCCACCGUGGCACUGAACAACGCCGCGGACAUCUCUGUCAUUGUGGUUUACUUCCUGGUGGUGUUGGCGGUCGGCGUCUGUGCCAUGGUUCGGACGAACAGAGCCACGGUCGGAGGCUUCUUCUUGGCCGGCAGGAGCAUGGUGUGGUGGCCUAUCGGAGCCUCGCUCUUCGCCAGCAACAUCGGCAGCGGACACUUCGUUGGCAUCGCGGGCACCGGCGCCGCCGCUGGCAUCGCCAUUGGGGGCUUCGAGUGGAACGCUCUGAUCGUGGUGGUUAUUCUGGGAUGGAUGUUUGUACCGAUUUACAUCAAAGCUGGGGUGGUGACGAUGCCUGAGUAUCUAAAGAAGCGUUUUGGAGGUCAGAGGAUCCGCAUGUAUCUGUCGCUGCUGUCGCUCUGUCUGUAUGUGUUCACCAAGAUCUCUGCCGACAUGUUUUCUGGAGCCAUCUUCAUAAACCAGGCUCUGGGUCUGAACAUCUACCUCGCGGUGAUUGCGCUGCUCGCCAUCACCGCGCUCUACACCGUCACAGGCGGAUUAGCUGCAGUGAUCUACACAGAUACUCUACAGACCAUCAUCAUGGUUGUUGGCUCCUUCAUCCUCAUGGGGUUUGCCUUUGAUAAGGUGGGGGGGUAUGAGAGCUUCCAGCAGCGGUACAUGAACGCAGUACCGUCUAUCACCACCAACAUCAGCGCUGAAUGCUUCGAGCCUCGAGCCGAUUCCUUCCACAUCUUCAGAGACGCCGUCACCGGAGACCUGCCCUGGCCCGGCCUGGUGUUCGGACUCACCAUCCAGGCCACAUGGUACUGGUGCACUGACCAGGUGAUUGUGCAGCGGUGUCUCUCUGCUAAGAGUCUCUCCCAUGUUAAAGGAGGGUGUAUUCUGUGUGGAUAUCUGAAGCUGCUGCCGAUGUUCCUCAUGGUGUUUCCAGGGAUGAUCAGCCGCAUCCUGUACCCAGAUGAAGUGGCCUGUGUGGAUCCUGCAGAGUGUAUAAAACACUGUGGAGCGAGUGUCGGCUGCACCAACAUCGCGUAUCCAAAACUAGUGGUCGACCUGAUGCCGAACGGCCUGCGGGGGCUGAUGUUGUCGGUGAUGAUGGCGUCGCUGAUGAGUUCUCUGACGUCUAUCUUUAACAGCGCCUCGACACUCUUCACGAUGGACGUUUACACACGACUGCGGCGCAGGGCGAGCGAGAGGGAGCUGAUGGUGGCGGGCCGGGUCUUCAUCCUGGGGCUCAUCGGAGUGAGUAUUGCCUGGAUCCCUGUGGUGCAGAACGCUCAGAGUGGGCAGCUCUUCGACUACAUUCAGUCCAUCACCAGUUUCCUGACGCCUCCUGUGGCCGCCGUCUUCAUGCUCGCCAUCUUCUGCAAACGUGUCAAUGAACCAGGGGCGUUCUACGGCCUGACCAUCGGCCUGGCCAUCGGGCUGUCCAGGAUGAUCGCAGAGUUUGUUUACGGAACUGGGAGCUGUGUGACCCCAAGCAACUGCCCCACCAUCAUUUGUGGGGUCCACUACCUCUACUUCAGCAUCAUCCUCUUCUCUGUGUCCUGCCUCCUCAUCUUCGGCAUCUCCCUCGUGACCAAGCCCAUCCCAGACAAGCAUUUGUACCGACUUUGCUGGAGUCUCCGGAACAGCACAGAGGAGCGAGUGGACAUUGAAGACGACGACUGGAACGAGAACAGAGAGGAAAACCGAGAAACAAAGGAGAAGGACGACGAAGAAGAGAAGAAGCCUGGUUUGUGCAAGAGAGUGGUGUUGGGCUUCUGUGGCCUGGAGCAGAAGGAGGUGGUGACACUGAGCCCUGAGGAAGAGGAGGAGAUGAAGAGGAAGCUCACAGACACCUCUGAGGUUCCUCUGUGGAGGAACGUGGCCAACGCCAACGCACUCAUCCUGCUCUGCGUCGCCGUCUUCUUCCACGGAUUCUACGCAUAA